GGAGGCGGGGGGGCGGCGGCUGCAGCAGAGGGGCCGAGAACUGGCGGCGGCGGCGGUGGUCGUGAAGGGCAUCGGCGGUGGCGAUGACAGCAGAGAUGAUCUGAAGAUGGAAAGAGCCAGGCGAAGGGGAGGCGGUGGCGGCGGCCGCGGCCGCGGAGGCAAGAAUGUAGGGGGCCCUGGCCUAAGCAAGACUAGACUGUAUCCCCAGGCCCAGCACCCCCACUACCCCCACUACGCCGUUUCAGCCACCCCUAAUCAGGCUGGGGGCGCAGCCGAAAUCCAGGAGCUGGCCUCCAAACGAGUGGACAUCCAGAAAAAGAGGUUUUACCUAGACGUGAAGCAGAGCUCCCGGGGCCGCUUCCUAAAGAUAGCUGAAGUCUGGAUAGGGAGAGGCCGGCAGGACAAUAUCAGAAAGAGUAAACUGACCCUCUCCCUGUCUGUGGCAGCGGAGCUGAAGGACUGUCUAGGGGACUUCAUUGAGCACUACGCCCACCUGGGCCUCAAAGGCCACAGGCAAGAGCAUGGCCACAGCAAAGAGCAAGGCUCCAGAAGAAGGCAGAAGCACUCAGCACCCUCCCCACCAAUCUCAGUGGGGUCAGAAGAGCAUCCUCACAGUGUCCUCAAAACAGACUAUAUAGAGAGGGACAAUAGGAAGUAUUACCUAGACCUGAAGGAAAAUCAGCGGGGCCGCUUUCUAAGGAUUAGACAAACCAUGAUGCGGGGCACUGGCAUGAUAGGUUAUUUUGGCCACAAUUUGGGCCAGGAACAGACUAUUGUCCUCCCAGCACAAGGAAUGAUUGAGUUUCGUGAUGCCUUGGUUCAGCUGAUUGAAGACUAUGGCGAAGGGGAUAUAGAAGAACGAAGAGGUGGAGACGAUGACCCACUUGAACUCCCAGAGGGGACCUCUUUCAGAGUGGACAAUAAAAGGUUCUACUUUGAUGUGGGCUCUAAUAAAUAUGGAAUUUUCCUGAAGGUAAGUGAGGUGAGGCCACCUUACCGUAAUACUAUUACUGUUCCAUUCAAAGCUUGGACAAGGUUUGGGGAGAAUUUUAUCAAGUAUGAAGAAGAGAUGAGGAGAAUUUGCAACAGCCAUAAAGAAAAGAGAAUGGAUGGCAGAAGGGCCAGUGGUGAAGAACAAGAAUGCCUCGACUAGAGUGAAAUUGAACUCCAUCAGGCAAAAUUUAGAAAUCAUUAAUUGGCUAAAAGUACUGAUCCAUAACCAUUUGAAGAAGUUUUUCCUCUUUUUUGGGCCCUUUGCUGUUAGUAAUACCUCUAGUAGUUUAUACUUCAAGAAGUCUGAUUCUUACCUUGUGUUACACACAGCUCAUUAUAAUUCUCAUGGGAAUUCCACCCUUCCCAGAGCUUAAUAGUUUAGCUGUUUCACCUGCUCCAGACUAUUGAAGUAUGCAAAUCAGCACAAAAUGUGACCUUCUGACAUUCUAAAUACCGUAACUAAGAUUUACAAGGCACUAUGACAUAAUCCUGAGAAUAAUCCUGAAAAAAGACACAUGUACUUAAUCUGGAAGUGUGAAUUUCUGUUUAACAAAUCCCCGAAACAAGUAUUCCAGUCCUACUUCAUUAAAAGCUGCUAAGCUUUCCUGUAGGACAGUUACCACAGAAACAGAAAUUGACCUCAAGUAUAGUAUAUUUAUUUAUAAAAGUACAAGUAGAAAUAUAUUGUCCAUUGAAUACCUUAAUAUAAAAUAGUAGCACUAAAAUAUCAAAUCUUAAUAGAUAAUUAAAUCUUCUAAAUGCAGUAUCAUAAUAUUUCUUAAGAAUUACUGUAGUAUUCUAUAAUUUCAAAUUUUGUGGUAACCCUGCAGUGUAUGGUUGCCAUAUCAAAGUCAUGGGAAAGUUUUAAUUGGUUUUUCUAAGCUACUUAGAAUCCCAUCUUCACCUUUGUUUAUUAUACCAUAUAUUUUUAUUGACUAUCAGAAGUUUCAGGAAUCGCCUUUACAUCACUUUUGAGUGGGAGGCUUCAUCCAAUGGCUUUGCUAUGGAAAUCUUGAUGUUUCAGCAUUUCGUGGUGAUUUAGAGAUUGUGAUAGGUUUUUCCUAAACUAUAUCAUGGACUCAAGGUGUUAUA